AUGAGCUCGAUGCCGUCUCAUGUGCGUAUCAUUGUCCGCACGAGGCCCACUGACUUUAUUGCAGGCAAUCUUAGCAUCCAGUCAAAGGGGACGCUGCAGAUCACUCGAAGAGCGGCGGCAGGCGUGGGGAAUAGUGAAGUGUCGUCGUCGUCACCUACGGCCUCUUCGACGCCGGAGAAUCUGACAUUUACCUUUGGUGCAGUGCUGCACAACGCCUCGCAGGAGGCGGUGUUCGAAGCGACAACCGCCGACCUGGUGGAUUCUGUGCUCCAGGGCUUCAACUGCACGCUGCUUUGCUACGGCCAGUGCGGGUCCGGGAAGACCUACACCCUGUUCGGCGGCAACACCUACCCCACGCGAGGGUGUGUUCCGCGCGCCAUUCAGGCUAUGUUUGAAACCAUUGCGGCGUCUUCGGAUCACGAGUUUAAGGUGAGCCUCACCUUCGUUGAGGUGCACAGCGAUCAGUUGUUUGAUCUCCUGGGAAAACUGCCGCUCGCUUCUACGAGACCCGGCGACAGGAACAGAAACGCCAACAAAGUCUCCGUGACACUUACUGCCACCGGAGAGGUGGCACUGCGUGGGGCGGAGGUGCGGCAAUGCACCAACGAGGCCGAGGCCCUGACGGCUGUCUUUGAGGGCAUGCAGCGGCGCAUGACCAGUGUGAAUUCUCUUAACCAGCGUGGCUCACGCUCGCACGCGGUACUUACACUUUACGUGGAAAGUAAGAGCCUGGUAGACAGCGACGCCCUCGUUCAUCAUUCCCAGAUUGACUUUGUGGAUUUGGCUGGCACGGAGCGGCCAAACAUGGUGGAAGACGAGGUUGCGAAGCGAGAGGCAAAGAUUGUUAACCGUUCCCUUAUGAUGUUUGAGCAGGUUGUUUUGGCUCUCUCGGGCCCUCAGUCGCGUCAUGUGCCGUACCGCCAAAGCAAACUUACCAUGCUGUUGAAGAACUCCAUUGGGGGUACCAGCCGAACGACUCUCAUUGCCAACAUAUGGCCCGAAGAGCGCAAUACCGAGGCCACUGUGGCAACGUUAAACUUUGCCAAGCGGCUAUUGCGAAUUGAGUCAAAUCCCACCGUGCAUGCCUCCAUGGACCCAGAAGCACACAUCAAGCAACUUCAGAAGCAGGUGCUCAGCCUAAAGUCCGAGUUACGCAUGCAAGAUCAACUGGCUGGGCGGGAGGCGUUUUCUACUGCACCUCUGGACGGCGACGAGAUGCAAAUGGCACGGGGGCGUGUCAUGGACUUUGUGGACGGAACCGCUCCGCAGGUGCGUGUGGGCUCUGUGCGGGAAAUGCAUGCCUGUUUUCUGGCCCUCAAGACAAUUCUGGGCGAGCGUGACGCACAAUUGAAGGAGAUGGGGCGGCAAAUGGCAACAUCGUCACGCCCUUGUAGUUCCGGAAGCAAUAAGGGCAUCACGAGGCAAAAAUCGGCCUCAAAGCAGCAAGGCUUGACCGUUGCGAAGGAACCGACCAAAUUUGUGGCUAGCAUUGAAGAUGUCGAGGCUGGCGUGAGUGUGGGCACGACACAGCGACCAAGUGCUGUGAUCCAAGACAUGUUUUUUCAGCAGCGAACGCUCGGCCCUUCUACCAUGUCAUCAACGAUGCAACCCGGAGUGAGGGAGCGGAGCUCUGACGUACGCUCCGCCGCCGCCGUCACACCCGUUUCCACACUUGCAAUGACAACAGCAACAACAGCGGUGACCAUGACCCCCACUGUCUCCCGCGCCGUUACACCCGCUGAAGCAACAACCCCCGUAUCCACCAACACUGCCAGGGUGGCAGCGUGCCCGCCCCCAGAUGGAGAUUUGCUGAAAGCGCAGCCCUGUACACAACGCGUUUUUACGUGUCCCUUCACGGAAAAACAAGACAAUAUUUUUCCGCUGCUUGAGCGCUCAACUGCUGAAACAGGCACUCCACUUUCAAGGUUUUUGGGACGGCAGGAUAACUUGAUACGCGACCGACGCGCGGCGUUUGAGACGUACAAGCGGACAAGCAGCGGCGCUUGCCAGUUGAAGUCUAUAGAUGCUGUCCGAAACCUUUUGGCGGAGAAGAAUGAGUUGAUAUUGCAGUUUCAAAAACGAUUGAACGAGAUUCAGGCCAAAAGGGAGACAAGUAUGAAAGUUGAACAACCGCAGAGCACAACGGUGGAAGAGCGCGUGACGGCACGUUGCACCUCCUCAGAUGCGGUGCGCUCAUCCCCCGCCUUGUUGGAGGACUGUUGCAGCGGUCAUGAUGACAAUGUGAGUUCUGCUGAUGCGUUUUUUGCGUCAGACAGGGAAAAAAUUUCUCGCAUGACGUUGGAAGAAAGGAAAGCCUUUUUCAACGUCACGAACAAUGCACUGAAGCGGGCAAUGGUGGAGCGUGGGCAUCUCGUGAGGCAGCUUCAGCGCUACUGUGAGGCUUUCAUGAAAAACUUUCAGUACUGGCACCAGUCCAAACUUCAGGCGGCAUUGCCAGGGCAUGGGGGAAAGGCAGUGGCAGCGGCGACAGUAGGGGCUGCUUCAGCGGAUACGGACGUCAAGGCCUUGCCAAAUAUAGCCAGCUUGCCGGUUACACGCGCCUCAUGUGUCGCAGCACAUGGGGAGGCCGAUUUGCAGUUUACGGGCGCUGCUGGGCGCCUUGACGCGCAGGAGGUGCGAUGGCAGGAGCAGCAGUUACCGGAAAGCGCGGCUUUCUAUAUGGCACAGGGGCUUGCGCGGAAGGGGCUACAACUGCCGGAGUCAACACCCCCCCUCUCUCCCUCUGUGUGCACGCACGCGGAAGCAAGCGGGAGGAGCACGAGGCAAAAAAUAAGCGCGAAGAAGCAUCUCUGA